AUGUCAACCAGCGCCUUGUCUGACCUCUCUCAUCACUCGCUCCCUGACCCCUCUGUUCACGUGAUGUCUGACCCCUCUGGUCACGUGAUGUCUGACCCCUUCGAUCACGUGAUGUCCUCACACGGAGGCUCCGAGUCGGACCAGUCGCCCGUGACGUCAUCCAACAGUCUGUACGUCAACUUCGAGGAGCGACACAACAGCGCGUACGUGGCCAAGGCCGUGGGCCACGCGCUGAUCAAGUGUCUCAAGGACGUGCUGGAGGUCAGGCCCCGUGACCCCAUAGAGUUCAUGGCCCACUGGCUGUACAAGUACGCGGACAACGAGAUGUACCUGAAGGAGAAGGAGCAGAGGGCGGCAAAUGUCCUGGUCGAGAGCAUGAGGCAGAAGGUCGAGACGGAAAAACAUCUUCUAAGGACAGAAGAAAUCCAAUAUGCCAUGACAAAAACUAAGGUGGGGUUCAUCAAAGAGAUGAAGAAACUUAGUGACUUCACAUUUCAAGAAAAGUUAAACUCCGAACACAGAAAGAAAGAACAGCUAAAGAAAUGGCAGAGCAUCAAGAAAAUCGUCAAGAACAAAGUCCGAAGUCAAGUGAACAUCGAAUCUUUCCAGUGGCCCGUCUCAGAUCACAACUUGACAAAGAUCGAGACGGCAGACGUGGCCCGGAUGGUCAAAGAGAAAAGGGAGAGGCUGAGAGAGCAGGUGGAGAGUACUAUCCGGGAUACCGUCAUGGAGGAACAUAUGUUCUCAGGUAUCAAGUAUGAGAAGGUUCAAAGACAAGACACGAAAACGAUCCACGUCGCUCGACAGAAAAAUGUCAGAAGCGUGUUUGAAAAACAGUCUGCGGGCACCUCUGAGAUGGAAAUUUACAUGUUGGAUGAUAAAAGUUACAUGUUGGAUGAUAAAAGUUACAUUUUGGAUGAUAAAAGUUACAUGUUGGAUGAUAAAAGUUACAUGUUGGAUGAUAAAAGUUACAUGUUGGAUGAUAAAAGUUACAUGUUGGAUGAUAAAAGUUACAUGUUGGAUGAUAAAAGUUACAUGUUGGAUGAUAAAAGUUACAUGUUGGAUGAUAAAAGUUACAUGUUGGAUGAUAAAAGUUACAUGUUGGAUGAUAAAAGUUACAUGUUGGAUGAUAAAAGUUACAUGUUGGAUGAUACAAGUUAA